GAAAAAACAAUUUUCCCCAAACAUCCUAUCCAUAUUUAUUUAAACUAAAAAAAAAAUACAGUUGACUUCUGAUUAGCAAAUUAAGCAGCAGCAGCAAGCAUAUAGGUCAUGAAGAUCAAACAUGCUAAUGCUGCCUCAUGAGUUCGGUAACUGUUUGUGUGAGUGUCUGAGAGAGAGAAAGAUCAUCGGUCAGAGCAAUCUUCAAUCAUUGAGAAAUGGGUUAUAUUGCUUUGGUUUCUCUUAGGCGGACAAUUGAGCGCCUUCUCAAUUCUUCUCAAAUUCCAUUUCUUCCUCCCUCUCCAGAAAUCAUACAACUUGUCAAAAAGCGGGUUAAGUCCGUAAAACACCUCCGUCGUAAUCUUUCGAGAGUAGACAGCGAGAAGAGGGAAGCUGUGAUAAAGGAAAUCAUAGAGGCAACAUGCACAUUAGAAGAUACAGUUAGAGAAUCUCUGAGCUACAGGUGGGAAGAGGAGAAAGACAAGAAAGUGAUUAAUUCCGGUAUGGAAGUAGUGCAGGAGAUCAGGGACACUCUGAGCAACCCGUCCUUGUGGACAGAAGAAUUGAAAGUUGAUCCCCUGAGAGCAACCUUGCAAUAUGCAUUCCAUUUUGUUCGGACCUUAGAACUAGUAUUUACUGUGGAAGACAGAAGCAACAGCGAGGCGGUGAAAGCUGUGAAAGCUGAAAUUAGAGAGGCAGCAUACAGAUUAGAAGAUGUACUUGAAUCAGCCCAUGUUUCCGAUCAAUAUUUUCUCUCACAAUCUCAAACCCCUGAUGGAGAUGAUCAUACGAGUGACCUGGCCGAUGAAGUUGGGAAAGAGACACUUUUCUUUAUUGAAACGGCAAAUAAGAUCUGGGAGCAAUUAGACAACUUGCCGCAGCAGCCUGAACAAGACAAUGCCGCUGUAGUUUUGUCUAGAACAGAUCACAUUGAAGGAAAGAAGGAAAAGAUCUUUGGAAUAGAUCAUGAGUUGGUUCAACUAAAAGAUGGGCUUCUAAAAAAGACACACUAUCCCCUAACUGUCACAACUAUAGUUGGAAUGGCGGGCAUUGGCAAGACAACUCUUGUCAAAGAAAUAUAUGAAGAUCCGGAUAUAGUGAACCAUUUCAAAUGUCGUGCUUUUGUCUCAAUAGGCGCAGAAUAUGCACUCAAAGAAAUAAAACUCAGUAUUCUAGCUCAAAUGAAUCCUGAGAUUGAUGAAAUACAUUUACAAGAUGAGGAAUCAUUAGACUCUGAGCUUUUGAGAUUGUGUUCGCGGAGAUGCCUAAUUGUGUUGGAUGAUGUAUGGGAUAUGAGCUUAUGGAACUCAGUUGGGUGGAAAUUUCCAUUUAAAUGCCAUGGAAGUAGAAUAAUCAUGACAACUAGGCUAGACUAUUGCAUAUGGCCAAUUGGAUGCUCUGUUCUUAGGAAGCGUUUCCUGAAUCAGCAAGAAAGUUGGCUUCUUUUUUGCGAUAAGGUGUUCGGUGGAGACCACUCUUCAUGCCCACCUGAACUUGAGAAAGCUGGAAGGAAGAUUAUCAAGAAAUGUGAAGGACUUCCUCUAACAAUCAUUGCAGUUGCCAGACACCUACGCAGUGCCGAGAAGACGCCAGAGUACUGGAAGCAGGCAAAAAGAAAAGUAUAUACAACUAUCAUCAGUGAAGAUGAGGCAACGUCACAGGUACUAUAUCGGAGCUAUCAUUAUUUACGACAACAUUUAAAACCAUGCUUUCUCUAUAUGGGAGUUUUCCCGCAUGACUCUGACAUCGCUGCCUCAAAGCUCAUCAAACUAUGGUGUGUUGAGGGACUUCUUGAACUCAUCAACCCAUCGUUUAAUGAAUAUAAUGCCAUGGAUUAUCUUUAUGACCUUCUGUCCGCAAAUGUGGUUAAGGUCUGCCAGUGCAGCUCGUCAGGUGGAAUUAAAACAUGCAACAUAUAUCCUGUUUUCUGGCAUAUAUGUAUGAGAGAAGCUGGGGAGCAGAAGUUUUUCCAUGUCAUUGAUAGUAAUGGUAAUCAAGGUAUUGAAAGCCAGCGUCGGCACUGCAUUCAUAACAACGGGAUGUUUGGUAUCAAAGAUGUGCGCAAGUCAAUGACAUCAACUUCAAAUGUGCGUUCCAUCCUCUGCACUGGUCCCUACCAUCAGUACCCAGUACCAAUAUGUAUGGAUUUUAGUUUGCUGAGGGUAUUGGAUGCACUUACAGUCCGCUUCUAUGGUUUCCCAAGUGAAGUAGUAAAACUAGUUCACUUAAGUUACCUCGCGUUCACUUACAAUGGAAAGCUCCCUGCUUCCAUAUCCAAACUGUGCAAUCUUGAGUACUUGAUUGUCCGGCAAUAUCUAAGCAUCUUAUCUUCUGAGGCACGCCGGCCGUAUCUGCCCAAGGAGAUAUGGGAUAUGCAAGGAUUAAGGCAUCUCCAAGUCAUGGGAAGCGACCUACCAGAUCCUAAUUAUAAGGGCGCUCUCUUACCAAACCUCUCCACACUUUCAGGUAUUAGUGCUCGCAGUUGUACCAAAGAAAUUCUUGAAAGAAUCCCAAAUCUAAUCAAAUUAGGAGUUCAAAUGGAAUUAGCACCAGACUUUGAUGAACUCCUGUGUUGCUUUGAGCAUCUUGCAUCCCUCCAUAAACUUGAAUCACUCAAGUGGUCGGUAGUGAAUCCUAAUUUGAAGCUUCUUUUCCCAGCAGCCUCUGUUCUAAUAUUUCCGCCUGGGCUUAAGAAGUUAACUUUGAGUGGACUUGGACUUCCAUGGGAAUACAAUAGUACUAUUGCUAAAUUAAAGAAUCUUGAAGUGCUCAAACUGCAACGCUAUGCCUUUCAAGGCCGAGUGUGGAAGAGAGGUGAUGACAGAAUUUCCUUCCCUAAGCUUAGAUAUCUACUAAUUGAAGACACUGAUUUGGAGGAAUGGUAUGUUUCCCGCCGCUUUACGUGGCUUAGGCGCCUCAUCUUUCGGCAUUGCUACAAAUUAAAAGGGAUACCCCGGCAAAUUGUACGUAUUAAACAUCUUGAGAUCGAGCUAGAUGACUGCAAUAACCCUUCUCUUCUGGCUUCUAUAGAGCAUUGGCAGAAAAGAGACGGCAUCAGAAACCUUCGAGUUUGUGCUAAGUUCUCAGCGGAUGAUGGGAAGCAAGUGGCAAAUGCAUAGGAUCACUGGCAAUUGAGACAUCCCUCUCAAAUCAUGCGUCUCCAGGAAUAUCUUUGGUAGCUGAGACGCUUUGUUAUUAGUGGAAGAAUGAGUCUUUGUGGCCCAAAGUUCACUGCAACAUCUUCUUCAAAUGCUACAUUUAAUUUCACAGCUCAAAACAAGUAAAAUUAAUGUCUCAACCAAACACUUGGCAAGAAAUUCACUUUCUUCUCAUUUUGGCCACCUCUUCUUCCAUUUUGUGCUAGAAAUUCACCAUCUUCCACAUUUCGAGCAACUCUUCUUUCAUUUUUUUAAACUUGCAAAGGAGCCUAGGUAUAACUUUUUUCGCCUUUGUGGACAUUGGCCUGUCUUUCCAAACAAAAAACUCAAUACAUACUUACAUAUCAUCACAACCGUAGAAUCUUCUUUCCGAAUUCGAGUUUGUCCACGAGGCUCUUAGACAUCAUUUCUUACUACAGUAACACAGGAGAGUUCUGGAGUUCUGAUUGUAAAAGUUAAAUCACUUGUUGAUGGCAUUUUUUAAGAAACGGAAGCUGGAUUUGGGCGUCUUUGGAAGAGAGGAAAUGUGGAGGAACUGUAAUUUCUGAUUUUCACAUCUUUUGUGUCCAUUCAUGUAUUUAAUUUUCUCCAAAUAUUCAUCAUGUGAGACGCAAAUGUCUUUUCAAUCGGACUUAAUGUUUUUCGUUAAUUAUUUGAGUUGGGAUCAAAAUUGAGACAAAUCAAAGAUAUUUGCCCAAAAUGAGAUUUUUAUAA